CAAAAAAAGACACAAGAGUCUCGAAAUUGUAAUCCAUAUCUGUAAUUUUGCACCCCUAUAAUAUGCCUAGAGGAAAUAAGAAGAAAAAAUAAUGGGGAAAAAGAGAAGCUACUGCUACACUUUCAGGCACGUGACAACGUCUCACACGUGUCAUAUAUCUUACGUCAUCAAGUCCUCUUUUUCUCUCUUUCACUUUUCUGUUUACCUCUCUCACGCGUUGAAAAGUGCAAUCAAUCUUACAUAAUUAACCACAGUAAGAAAAAAAAAAAAUGGUCUCUGUAACGUCUUUUUACUGUUAUAACCUUACACGCAUAAAUACCCCUCACCAACUCUCUCUGUCUCGCCUCUCUCUAAAACUCCAACACUUCUCCUUCUUCCAUCUCUCUCAAACUUCUGAAAAUCUUCUUCUUCUUCUCAAUCAUAAACCCUAAAUCUUCAUCUCUUCAGAUCAGAAACUAAUGUCCAUUCAAAGACACCCUGUCCUGUUUCAUCUCUGUCAUUAGUCUUCUGUUUUCAGAUUCCAAUUUUUUUUCUUGAAUUAUCCUCUUAGCCAUUUCUUGAUUUAACUUCGAUUUUCCCGGCGAUGUUACGAGAAUCAGACGGUGAGAUGAGUUUAGGAACAACAAACUCACCGAUAAGCAGCGGAACAGAGAGUUGCAGCAGUUUCAGCCGGUUAUCAUUCGACGCGCCGCCGUCAACUAUCCCCGAAGAAGAAAGCUUCCUUUCUCUCAAACCUCACCGAUCCUCAGAUUUCGCUUACGCAGAGAUCCGAAGACGAAAAAAACAAGGCCUAACCUUCCGAGAUUUUCGCCUCAUGCGUCGUAUCGGCGCCGGCGACAUCGGAACAGUUUACUUAUGCCGUCUAGCCGGAGACGAAGAAGAGAGCCGGAGCUCGUAUUUUGCGAUGAAAGUUGUGGAUAAAGAAGCUCUUGCGUUGAAGAAGAAGAUGCAUAGAGCAGAGAUGGAGAAAACGAUUUUGAAAAUGCUUGACCAUCCAUUUUUGCCGACUCUUUACGCUGAGUUUGAAGCCUCACAUUUCUCUUGCAUCGUUAUGGAAUAUUGCUCCGGUGGUGAUUUACACUCUCUCCGUCAUAGACAACCUCACCGGCGAUUCUCCCUCUCUUCCGCCAGAUUUUAUGCCGCCGAAGUUCUAGUGGCGUUAGAAUAUCUACACAUGUUGGGUAUCAUCUACAGAGAUCUGAAGCCUGAAAAUAUCUUAGUUAGAUCCGACGGUCACAUUAUGCUCUCUGACUUUGACCUCUCUCUAUGCUCCGACUCAAUCGCAGCCGUUGAAUCUUCCUCGUCUUCGCCGGAGAAUCAACAACUCCGUUCACCGCGACGAUUCACUCGUCUCGCUAGACUUUUCCAACGAGUCUUGCGGUCUAAAAAGGUUCAGACUUUAGAACCAACCCGUCUCUUUGUUGCUGAACCGGUUACUGCCCGGUCCGGUUCGUUCGUUGGUACGCAUGAAUACGUGGCACCAGAAGUUGCUUCAGGUGGAUCACAUGGUAAUGCCGUUGACUGGUGGGCCUUUGGAGUGUUUCUCUACGAGAUGAUAUAUGGCAAGACUCCGUUCGUUGCGCCGACUAAUGACGUCAUUCUCCGUAACAUUGUGAAAAGACAGUUGAGUUUCCCGACUGAUUCGCCGGCGACUAUGUUUGAGCUUCAUGCGCGGAAUUUGAUUUCCGGGUUGCUUAACAAAGAUCCGACUAAAAGACUUGGGUCACGGCGAGGUGCGGCGGAGGUUAAAGUGCAUCCUUUUUUCAAAGGUCUAAACUUUGCGCUCAUUCGUACGCUUACUCCGCCGGAGAUUCCUUCUUCCGUCGUCAAGAAGCCGAUGAAAUCGGCGACGUUUAGUGGUAGAAGUAGUAACAAACCAGCGGCGUUCGAUUACUUUUGAACGUUUUCUACGGUCGAGAUUAGGGCCACGUGUUAGUCUGUUUUAGCUGUACAUAUUCCCUCGAAGCUGUCCUUUUUUUCGUUCUUUAAUUUUUAAAAUUUCGUUAAUCUGACUUAUAAAUUAAAAAUUUAGGUGACUUUUCAUACAAUUUGUACAACAAACGGAUUAAUCUAAAACUAAUCUAUUUUAUAAUUAUCA